AUGCCAGGCGUGCCGUCCUAUCGCGGAUGCGAUGCAUGCAGGAAGCAGAAGAAAAAGUGCGACAUGGCCUCGCCCGCCUGCUCCCGCUGCUCGCGCCUAAACAUCCCGUGCGUGGGGUGUGGCCAGCUGCGAUACAAGUUCAAGGACCAGACAGAUUUGCAGGCUGAGAGGUCGUCUAAGAAAGCCCGGAAUAGGACGUCUGGGAGCGGAAGCGGGAGCGAGAGCCCACCGUCCAUCACCAGCCUUUUGUCCAACAGGGACACCGCUCGAUCCGGGGCUUUUGUUUCGCUGCUGGAUGUCACCGACCCGAGCUAUGAUCUCCGCUGCUAUGGCCCUUGGUUCAAGGAUCUCCCGCGGCGUCUGGGCAUCAAUACAGCGCUGGAUGCUGCCGUAGAGGCCAUGGUAGGCUUCUACCCACACCUCCGCAGGCAUGAGCAGUCGUCGCUAUCCCGCGGAUCUGUGGUUAAAUACGUAAACGCGCUGCAGGCCCUCAGAACUUGUUUAAACGACCCACAGACAGCAAACAAGCCAGAGACGCUGUGUGCCGUAUAUGUGCUGAUGAUUUGUCAAGGCUGGACGGGGAGAGACAGUGAUCAACAGAUGAGCCAUGGGGAGGGACUUGCACACUUGCUCGAUGCCGCUGCGUCUAAAAAGAAUCCGGACGCAUUCGAAGCAACUAUACGUGAUACCCUCUAUAUUCCUGUAGUUAUAGAAGCCAUCUUCAACCCAAAGAUACGACUGAGUCCUUGGUUCCAGAAACUGAAGAGACGCGUAUUUGGCCCGGCUGCACCCCUUAGCACCAGUGCCAAAGACAUGCUUAGCCUGGAAUUAAGGAAUCUUGUUCAUAUCCCAGAUUUACUCCGAGAGCCAGCUAAAUACAAGGAUGACAUUGCUGCAGCAUACGAACGAAUGCGCGUUGAAAUCCCGCUGCUAAAAGGCGCUUUGGAAAUGGCUGAUGCACUCGCAUUUGAAACGCCGACACCCGCUACAGCAAAGAUUCGUAUUCAGUAUCAAGUCUCAUUGGGUCUCCUAAUGGGAUGCGCCAUGAUUUAUAAUGGCUAUCUGCGCGCCUUUGGAGUAGAUGAUGGGAGCAUGGUCGAGGAGGCAGACAGGAUGGCCAACGAUGCCAUCAAGUUGGCCCACGACGCUUCGCAAUACAGACCUCUCGGAGCGAGCUUCGUACCACUUUGUCUAGUUCCAGGGUGGGCAGCUACAGACAAUAUUGACAUUCAGCACAGGGUGGUUCAAGCACUAGAGAUUUACCAGAACGACUUUUCGCCGCUUACAAGCAGGAGUUGGUAUAUCAUGGCUUAUUGGCUGAAGGGUGAGAUGGAUCUUAUACGGAGCGGAUUGCAGACGUCGCCUCCGGAGAAUUACAAUAAAACUCAGUGGGGGACGCUAAUGCUUGAUGAAAAGGGAAAUGUGAUAUGCGGCGACGAAGUGACGACCUGGUUUUAUGCUUGA